AUGACGACGCUAGAUGACAAGCUCCUGGGGGAGAAGCUGCAAUACUACUACAGCAGCAGCGAGGACGAAGGUAGUGAUAACGAGGAUGAUGAGAGGGAGUCCAAAAUUAUUCGAGAUGGCGCCGUUGAUGAGCCCGAGCUUGACUACAGUGCUGAUGGCAGCGCGGUCAACACGGGACCGAAGGGUGUGAUCAACGACUGGAGGAAGUACAAGCAGCUAGAGGUGGAGCAGAAGCAGGAACAGAAGAAUGAGAUGGAGCGACUGAUCAAGAAGUUGUCCAUGACGUGCCGCUCCGACCUGGACCUGGAAAAAGACAAAGAGAAGCAGAAGGAGUUGCAGGAUCAAAUCAAAGGCAAAAUGACAAUGCAGGAGUACAACAUGCUCCAGCAGGAAAAGGACGAUGAGGAUUUCCUGCAGCACUACCGCGCGCAACGCAUGGAGGAGAUGCGGCGACAGCUGUACCGCGGCAAGCGUUUCGAACGUGUGAGGGAGCUGGCCGGCGGCGAGGACUUCCUAGAGGCGCUGGACGAGGAGGACAAGAAUACCUUGGUGGUGAUCCACAUCUAUGAGCCCGACACGCCGGGUUGCGAGGCCAUGAGCGGCAGCUUGGCGUGCCUGGCGCGCGAGUACCCGCCAGUCAAGUUCUGCUGCGUGCGCAGCUCAGCCGUCGGCACCAGCGCGCUCUUCCGGGACGGUGCUCUGCCCGCCUUGCUGGUCUACAAAGGCGGCGAGCUCAUCGGUAACUUCGUGCGGCUCACCGACCAGCUGGGCGAGGACUUCUUCGCCGUGGACGUGGAGGCGCUGUUGCAGGAGUACGGCGUGCUGCCCGAGAAGGCCCCCGCACUGCCCAAGACAGUCCGUAAUGGCGCUAUUGUUCAGAGCAAUAUUGGCGACGACGAUGACUCUGAUCUUGACAUUGACUAA